CUUGUUCCAGGCGACAUGGAGGACGACUCACUCUACUUGGGAGGUGAGUGGCAGUUCAACCACUUUUCGAAACUCACAUCUUCUCGGCCAGAUGCCGCUUUUGCUGAAAUCCAGCGGACUUCUCUCUCUGAGAAGUCACCACUCUCAUCUGAGACCCGUGUCGACCUCUGUGAUGAUUUGGCUCCUGUGGCAAGACAGCUUGCUCCCAGAGAGAAGCUUCCUCUGAGUAGCAGGAGACCUGCUGCGGUGGGGGCUGGGCUCCAGAAUAUGGGAAAUACCUGCUACGUGAACGCUUCCCUGCAGUGCCUGACAUACACACCACCCCUUGCCAACUACAUGCUGUCCCGGGAGCACUCUCAAACGUGUCAUCGUCACAAGGGCUGCAUGCUCUGUACUAUGCAAGCUCACGUCACACGGGCCCUCUACCGUCCUGGCCAUGUCAUCCAGCCCUCACAGGCAUUGGCUGCGGGCUUCCAUAGAGGCAAGCAAGAAGAUGCCCACGAAUUUCUCAUGUUCGCUGUGGAUGCCAUGAAAAAGGCAUGCCUUCCCGGGCACAAGCAGGUAGAUCAUCACUCCAACGACACCACCCUCAUCCACCAAAUAUUUGGAGGCUACUGGAGAUCUCAAAUCAAGUGUCUCCACUGCCACGGCAUUUCAGACACCUUUGACCCUUACCUGGACAUCGCCCUGGAUAUCCAGGCAGCUCAGAGUGUCAAGCAAGCUUUGGAACAGUUGGUGAAGCCCGAAGAACUCAAUGGAGAGAAUGCCUAUCAGUGUGGUCUUUGUCUCCAGAAGGCGCCUGCCUCCAAGACGUUAACUUUACACACUUCUGCCAAGGUCCUCAUUCUUGUAUUGAAGAGAUUCUCCGAUGUCACAGGCAACAAACUUGCCAAGAAUGUGCAAUAUCCUGAGUGCCUUGACAUGCAGCCAUACAUGUCUCAGCAGAACACAGGACCUCUUGUCUAUGUCCUCUAUGCUGUGCUGGUCCACGCUGGGUGGAGUUGUCACAGCGGACAUUACUUGUCUUAUGUCAAAGCUCAAGAAGGCCAGUGGUAUAAAAUGGAUGAUGCCGAGGUCACUGCCUCUGGCAUCACCUCUGUCCUGAGUCAACAGGCCUAUGUCCUCUUUUACAUCCAGAAGAGUGAAUGGGAAAGACACAGUGAGAGUGUGUCAAGAGGCAGGGAAACAAGAGCCCUUGGCGCUGAAGACACAGACAGGCGAGCAACGCAAGGAGAGCUCAAGAGAGACCACCCCUGCCUCCAGGUACCCGAGUUGGACGAGCACUUGGUGGAAAGAGCCACUCAGGAAAGCACCUUAGACCACUGGAAAUUCCUCCAAGAGCAAAACAAAACGAAGCCUGAGUUCAACGUCAGAAAAGUCGAAGGUACCCUGCCUCCCAACGUACUUGUGAUUCAUCAAUCAAAAUACAAGUGUGGGAUGAAAAACCAUCAUCCUGAACAGCAAAGCUCCCUGCUGAACCCCUCUUCCACGACCCCGACAGAUCAGGAGUCCAUGAACACUGGCACACUCGCUUCUCUGCAAGGGAGGACCAGGAGAUCCAAAGGGAAGAACAAACACAGCAAGAGGGCUCUGCUUGUGUGCCAGUGAUCUCAGUGGAAGUGCCGACCCACACGUAGGGGUGCACACACACACACACACACACACACACACACACAAGCGCGCAUAGAAACACACACACACCCACACAAACACGAACACCGUCAAUCCUACGUAAAGUAAUGAGGAGCCCAAGUUUCUGUCUCUACAACAGGGACAACUGC